AUGCUGGCAGCUUCUCCAGUUCAAGCAAGAGCCUUCUCAGUUGCAUUCAACAUCAAGUCAAAGUUCGAAGCCGCAUUCGAGAAGAAGCAAUAAGCUGCAGGCAAAACAGUGAGAAAAGACCCAGAGCCAAACAACAAGGCUGAAUAUGGUCAAGGUUACUAUCAAUAAAACCUUAAGAACAUGAGACAAGGCUACGUUCACCCAUAUCACAGUGAGAAAUACCCACUGAUUCACUCUCAAUUCCAUUAUCUCAAGACCUUAUUCGAGGCUGUUGGUCCAGAGCAAGUCUCACCUCAUUAUGAAUCUCUUUCAAGAAGCAGAAGAGGUCUCUUAUUCUUGUUCUUCUAUAUUGGAACAAUCAAUACCGUCUCCAGAUUCGGAGGAUGGUCACAUAAUGAAUGGAUAAGAGCUAUGAUCUGGCAUCAUGAAUAUUUGAUUGCUUUCUAUCUCGGAUAUCUCGAGACUAGACAUUUCACUUACUUCCUUGGUCCAAAGUUCACCACCUUCUAUAAUGUCUAUACCAGAUACGAGACCCAGCAACUCUGCUCAAUGUGGGCAGAUCAAGCUGAGGAAGAACAACUCAGAUUUUUAAGACACACUAAGGAGCAACUCGAGUAUGUUAGAAUUAAUGCUGAAUACGAUUACGUUAAGAAGAGAGCUUUGAUUAACUAUUUAACCAAUGAGAAGUUGAAUCUUGAGCUCCACUUCCAUAACAGAACUCUUAACAUGCUUAGGUCAAUCUAAAACUAUGAAAACUAAAACUUAAGAAAUCACUUAAGAGAGAUCGUCUUGGGAUCAUUCGACAAAGUUUAAUAAUCAUUGAAAGAUUAAACUACUAGAAAAUAAAUCCAAUAGUAAGCAUUCCAAGCUGCUCUUAGCGGAAUCCAAAGUGGAGUAAUGAAAUACGAUAAUGAUCCACUUCUCCCAAUUCUUCAAAAUGAGAUGUAAUCAAGAAUAGCUCACUUCAAGGGACUCACACCAGAGGAGGAGAGCAAGUUAUUGAGUUUAAAUCAAGACUAGAAGAGAUCCAUCGCUGAUUUCGAUAGAAAGGCUAAAGAGGAUUAUCUCCACGCUUCUGCUUCAGUCAACGUUCCAGGCCGCAAGAAAUGA